GUCGAACGCCGGGUAAGACGGCGCGUUCCCUGCGUUGCUUGAGUGUGGGUGAGCGCGCCUGUGCUCGUUCCCGCGUCCCUUGGGCUGCAGCAGGGUGCGCGCCCCGGUCAGUAUGCCAUGGGGAUCUGCUGGACACGGUGCUGCAGCCUCUUCAGGAGAGAGAGCACCCGCAUACAGAGAGCGGGAGGAGGGUCAAAGUAUUUCAGGACAUGUUCCAGAGGAGAGCAUUUUACUAUUGAGUUUGAAAAUCUUGUAGACAGUGAUGAGGGGGAGAGCCCAGGAAGUAGUCAAAGGCCUCUAAGCGAGGAAGAAAUUAGUGAUUUAAAGGAAAGGCAUUACAAUUCUAUCACCGAGAGACAGAGGGUUGAUGACAUCAGAAUACAAAAUGAGUUAGCCUUACAAGAAGAGAAGUUAAAACUAGAAGAGGAGGCUUUAUAUGCUGCACAGCGUGAAGCUGCCAGGGCAGCCAAGCAAAGAAAGCUUUUGGAGCGACACAGAUUACAAUGGAUCCGACAAAGAGCUCAAGCAGCAAACAGUGGAGAGAAUCCCAAAAGCUCCAUGGCAGAGGAUUUUGAAUCCUAUUUGCAGAGUGUGAAAUCACAAUAUGAAGCAUUCAGAAGUAGCAGGCUUUCUUCUGAUGCCAACAUCUUAACUCCCAACACAGAGAGCAGUUGUGAUCUUACUAAUAAAACAAAGUCAACAAGCGGGAAUGAUGAUAGCACAUCCUUAGAUCUAGAAUGGGAGGAUGAAGAAGGAAUAAACCGAUUAAUUCCUAUGAGAGAACGUUCAAAAACCGAAGAGGACAUACUGCGCGCAGCCUUAAAAUUUAGCAGCAAGAAGUCUGGGAGUCACACCGCCUCUGCCUCUGAUGAUUCCAAUGGCCUGGAGUGGGAAAACGAUUUUGUCAGCGCGGAGAUGGAUGAUAACGGGAACUCUGAGUAUGCAGGGUUUGUAAACCCAGUCACAGAACUGUCUGCAGAUCACCAGGACAGGUAGAAGAGACGAUGGAUUCAGAAUCCUAAGAUGACCAAACUUUAAAAAACAAAAAAGCUUAAUCUUUUUCCCUCACGGGUUGAAAUGAAUGUACAGAUUUUAAUGGAGCCUUCUUCUUUUUUAAUUUUAAAUUAUAAGGAAGUAGAAAUAUGUAACUGGAAAAUGAAAUAGUAAGUGCAAUUUUGAUCACCCUCUGCAAAGUUUUGUUUUCCACUGAUAAUAAAGGGGGUCACGUUUCAAGGUUUCCUGGCACUUGUCCAGUUUCACUAAUAAACUAUGUGCACUAUUUGAAAAA